AUGGCUUUGAAGCGCAUUAACAAGGAGCUCACUGAUCUCGGCCGUGAUCCUCCCUCAUCAUGCUCUGCCGGACCUGUUGGCGAGGAUCUGUUCCACUGGCAAGCAACUAUCAUGGGUCCUAGCGACUCUCCGUACGCUGGCGGCGUGUUCUUCUUGGCGAUCCACUUCCCUACCGACUACCCCUUCAAGCCUCCGAAGGUCAACUUUACCACCCGUAUCUACCACCCGAAUAUCAACAGCAACGGCAGCAUCUGCCUCGACAUUCUGCGAGACCAAUGGAGCCCAGCUUUGACCAUUUCUAAAGUUCUUCUCUCAAUCUGCUCUAUGCUUACCGACCCCAACCCCGACGACCCGCUCGUUCCCGAGAUUGCCCACGUCUACAAGACGGCGCGGCCCCAGUAUGAGAGCACGGCACGGGAGUGGACUCGUAAGUACGCGAUCUAG